GCGCCGGGGGCCGCAUCCGCUCGGAGCGCAGCUUCGGUGGCGUGGUGGAGCUGGGCGCGCACUGGAUCCACGGGCCCUCCCCGGGCAACCCCGUCUUCCAGUUGGCCGCCAGCUACGGGCUCCUGGGGGACAAGGAGCUGUCGGAGGAGAACCAGCGGGUCGAGACCGGGGGCCACGUGGGCCUGCCCUCCGUGAGCUACACAGGCUCCGGGGCCCGCGUGAGCUUUGAGCUGGUGGCAGAGAUGGCCCGUCUGUUCUACGGUCUGAUAGACCAGACCCGAGAGUUCCUGCACGCGGCGGAGACCCCGGCGCCCAGUGUGGGGCAGUUCCUCAGGAAGGAGGUCAGGCGACACGCGGCCGGCUGGACGGAGGACGAGGACUCCAAGCAGCUCAGACUGGCCAUCCUGAACGCCUUCCUUAACGUGGAGUGCUGCGUGAGCGGCACCCACAGCAUGGACCUGGUUGCCCUAGCGCCCUUUGGGGAGUACACUGUGCUGCCGGGGCUGGACUGCACCUUUUCUGGGGGCUACCAAGGACUCACAAACCACAUGAUGGCCUCCUUGCCGAAGGAUGUGAUGAUUUUUAACAAGCCUGUGAAGACCAUUCACUGGAAUGGUUCCUUCCAGGAGUCGGCGUUUCCUGGGGAGACCUUUCCGGUGCUGGUGGAAUGUGAGGAUGGAGGCCGUUUCCCAGCCCACCAUGUCAUCGUCACGGUGCCUUUAGGUUUUCUUAAAGAACAUUGGGACACCUUCUUUGAGCCACCACUGCCCACUGAGAAGGCAGAAGCAAUCAGGAAAAUAGGCUUUGGGACCAACAAUAAAAUCUUCCUGGAGUUUGAGGAGCCCUUCUGGGAGCCGGACUGCCAGUUCAUCCAGCUGGUGUGGGAGGACACGUCACCCCUGGAGGAUGUCACCCCGGUGCUGCAGGACAGCUGGUUCAGGAAGCUCAUUGGCUUUUUGGUCCUGCCUGCCUUUGAGUCUGUGCACGUCCUCUGCGGCUUCAUUGCUGGGCUUGAGUCUGAGUUUAUGGAGACUCUGUCGGAUGAAGAAGUGCUUCUGUCUCUGACUCACGUGCUCCGGAGAGCGACAGGAAACCCACAGCUCCCCGCACCCAAGAGUGUGCUGAGGUCUCGCUGGCACAGCGCUCCAUACACCAGGGGCUCCUACAGCUAUGUGGCUGUGGGCAGCACCGGGGACGAUGUGGACCUGCUGGCUCAGCCCCUCCCUGCGGAUGGCGCCGGUGCCCAGCUCCAGGUACUGUUUGCAGGGGAAGCCACACAUCGGACAUUUUACUCCACGACGCACGGGGCGCUGCUGUCCGGCUGGAGGGAGGCUGACCGCCUCAUCAGUCUGUGGGACCCGCAGGGGCAGCCGCGCCGGCCCAGGCUCUGAGCUCGGCUCCCGUCUGUGCUGUCCCUCCUGUGCUGGGGAGGCUGGGACAGUGUUCAGUCUGGCUUGAGUCUGGGGAUAUUAAUGAAAGUCAGCUUC